AACAGAUUCUAUUUCAUUCAAUCAACAUGUUCAAAUACGCUUGCCUUUUCGCUCUUUUGGCUAUUGCCUUCGCCGAACCUGCUGCCAAGCCAGGUUUCGUAGCUACUGCUCCAGCUGUAGCUGCAGUUGUACCUCACAUGGCAUCCUACGUCGCCCCAUAUGCCACAGCUUAUUCUAGACCAUACGUUACUUCAUACGCUGGACCAUACGCUACUUCAUACGCUGGACCAUACGUUACCUCAUACGCUGGACCAUACGCUUCCACCUACUCCACCCCAUACAACUACGGAUACAACUCUGUCUACAACCACCCCUACAGUGCUGUUCAUGGUUAUGCUCCAUACGCUCAUCAAUACAACUCUAUUUACAGAUCUGCAUUUAACUACCCUCAGUAUACUUCCACUUAUGCUGCUCAUCCUUACAACUAUGUAUAUUAGACCCUUAGUUUAGAAUAAAAUAUAGACUGCUAUCGUA